UGAUAUGGUGAGAGUCAAUGGCAUUCUUCAAGAUGAAUUUCGUUUAUUUUCCUAGUGACGUGGAUUUCCGUCUGAGCAAGCGGGCACUAGUUUUCCGAACAUUGAUUGGUGAUGAGGGAUAUGACUUGAGAGUUGGAUCUGAACAGAAAUUCCUAUAUAAAAUAGAUGGAAGCCCAGUUGUAAAGUGCUCUAAAACCAACUAUUCGGAUGGAUAUAAAACAAAUUUCAAGAUCAUUAUGAAGACUGGAAAUAAAUUUCAUAGAACAAGUGACGUACUAGAUGAAGCAAACAAAUACUACAAAUAUUUGAGUAAAAAUGCUUGGAAAUGUAUUGGAAAAGAUAAGAAAGUAUCGAGAUACGAGUUCAUGAGAGUCGUGAAUGAACUACAAGUUUUGGUGAAGGUGAAUGAGAUUGAAACCUUCGAUGGAGUUGAAAUAUUUUAUGACGGGUCAGACGUGAAAUUAGUUGAGACUAAAUAUCUUUUCUCAAAUGAGUAUGAUUCCAUACGAUUUGGAAAUCUUCAUGUGCACCCGUGUAUGCUGAUCUGGGACACUCCUCCACUAUGUGUCUCACAGUCUGGACUGCUCCACACUCACAGAAAGGGGAGUCAGCCUUACCCCACUUAUGCAUCAGAUAGGCACAUCUACCAUGAUGAGUUCGUACCCUAUUCAAUGCCGACCAUAUUUUACGAGGCAAAUCGAAGCCUGGUGGCCUUUUGGCUACAAAUGGGAUGUCAAUGUUCUGCUUUGCUGACCACGCUUGUUGCCAGGCCUCAGUUAAACGGAAACCUGAAUCUGAGGCUGUAA